GUUUCUCUUAUUUUUUUUGGGAGAUUUACUCGCGCGCGGAUUAAUUGCCCAGAUACUAGUAAAAAUCAAAACACUGGCGGGUCGUCAACUAACCACACAACUACUACAACUACGUGGCGCAUUUCGACGGGCUUUUGUGGUCGGAAUGUCAUCCAAACCUCAGUACAGCUUAAGCGAAGUGGACGGGGAUCUCUUCUCCGCCCCCAAAUCGUAUUCCUUGGCCCAUUGUGUGGGUGCUGAUCUUGCAAUGGGUGCUGGCAUCGCCGUGCAGUUCAAGAAGGUCUACGGCAAGGUGGACGAGUUGCGGGCUCAAAAUGCUAACAGUGGAGAGGUGGCGGUGCUGAAGGAUGAUCAGCGGUACAUUUACUAUCUGGUGACAAAGCCACAAAGCUGGGGAAAGCCCACCUACGAAUCUCUACAGGCAUCUCUAGAGCAAAUGCGCGAGCAUAUGCGCAAAAACAACGUGGAUAAGCUAGCUAUCCCGAAAAUUGGUUGCGGCAUCGAUGGUUUGGAGUGGGACAAGGUCAGUGGAGUCCUCGAGUACGUUUUCGGCCAAGAACCUCUGGAGAUUGUGGUCUACAACUUUGUGCCGCCGCAAAGCAAAUAAUGAAAUAUUGUUCUAAAAUUGUGCCAUUUACUUGUGAGCGACAUAAUUAUAAACAACCAGUUCCAAAGCAUCCUUACUAAAAA